GUCAGAUCAGCAGUCUUCGAUGCUCUGGUGCAGCUAAUGCCGGAAUCGACGAAUAAAGCGAGGAUAUCGGCGGAGACACUAAAGGAUAUCUAUAUUCGAAAAAUGGUCAGAUCAGCAGUCUUCGAUGCUUUGGUGCAGCUAAUGCCGGAAUCGACGAAUAAAGCGAGGAUAUCAGCGGAGACACUAAAGGAUAUCUAUAUUCGAAAAAUGGUCAAAGUUUCGGACGGCGACCGCUGGUCGCUGUUCUCGUUACACAACGAUUUCGGACGAUGUAUCGAAUUGAAAUUUGUGGAUCGCAUGCGCCGUCAGUUUGAAUUCAGUGUUGACAGUUUCCAGAUAACUUUGGAUGUGCUUCUGGAUCGACCGGACCAUCCGAAGCCAAUCAUUACCGCCGAGAGCAUGUUCGGCGACAUAAACAAGGUUUUUCUUUGUCUUUAA